GUGGACGAUGAAGCGACGAACGUGGAUUUUGCGGGUGUGAAUUGCGAAGGAUUCGGUGGUGGGGCGUUGUCCAUCGAUGCGUACGCGUGGAGUCACUCGACGCCGACGGAUUCGAUGCUUCGCGUCGGCGUCGACGCGCCGCGCGCCGACGACGCGGAUCGCGGCGCGCGCGAGACGUACGCGAGCGUGUUGAUCGUGAAUGAUGCCGAUCGCGAGGUGAAUUUGAAUGGAGUUACGGUUCAGUUUGAAUUUUCGAAAUUGAUACGAUUGGAUGACGCCGCGAGCGAGUUUACGACGCUCGGCGAGUUUGAGUUUACGUGUUGGGGGUCGCAGAUCGUCGCUCCGAGCGGUGCGCGGCGAAUCGUCGACUGCGGCGAUUUAAGCAUCCAGAUGAAUGAUGUCGGCCCACGUGUGACGUUUGGCGCCAUCGCUUUAAACGCUGGCGAGUUCCUCGCCGGAGGAUACUCGAACUUUUUGUUUUCUUUUCGAGAUCGCGAAUCGCGCGUGCUUGACGCCGAAUCGGUGCGCGCGCUCGAUCCCACGUGCGAUCCCAGCGCGUUUACCACCGCAUCCUCAAUCGUAAGUGUCGCACCAACGUCAACGUUUGGCUGGAAUCCAAACGCUCAAAUCAUGCUGAGUGCGUGUCCGAGUCUUCUCGACGUCGUCUUCAGCACUCUCGAGUCUCAGAUUGAAGACGGCGUCGCUCGAAUUCGCGGCAUCGUCGGACAUCGCUCGUGCAGCACUCUUGACGCGUCAAAGGUGACGUUCGCGAUCGAUCUCGGCGGAGACUACGAGCAGUCUCAGUUGCAAGCCGCGUGCGAGGGGUUGCAAAUCGUCUAUCCGAUCUCAUCGGUACCCAUGAGCGACGCCGCGGCAACAUGCAAAGCCGUCGUUACCGAACGAGGCGUAGAACUCAGUUUUGGUGAUGAUUUAGUGCUGUGCCCGGGCUGCUUCAUCGUCGGUGGUCCAAACAACGUCGUUCUCGAUCUCUCGUACGCGGAUGGUCGUGGUUUCUCGAGCACAGAAAUUUCGCCGAAUGGUUUACGCGAACCGAUUUGCGCUGGAUUUCCGCGGGGCGACGGGCCGACUGACGCGGAGCUCGUCCGCCCGUGCGACGAGGAGGCAAACGCAGAGUACGAAGGAUCUACACUCACUACUGGUUUGUUCUUGGUUCCAUCUCCCGAAGCUUGCUGCUUAGCCUGUAGAGAAAAUCCAAACUGCAACGUGUGGACGUUCUGUACCGCCAACGACGGAUGCGGGCGAUCGGAGUUCGCUUAUUCGUACUCAUCCUGCGAACUCAAGUACGCCGCACCGGAAAUCAUUUCUCAAGACACCAUUCCUGGCAAACGUGGACCAAACGCGACUUAUAUCUCCGGUGCGCUGCGUGAUAAAGAAGUGGAGCCAGUGCCGUUUGAUACAUCAAACGAGCGCAAAGAAUGUCGAGCAGAGACAAACGCAAACUACGACGGAAUCCAGAUUUCAAUUGUUAACGCAGUCUCUUGGAGCGCGUGCUGCGACGCUUGCCUCGCUGAUCCAGCGUGUGCUGUGUGGAACUUUUGCGAUGACGUCAGCGGAUGCGAUGGCGAAUUCGCUUACCAGACGUGUGUGUUGAAACUUUUUCUCGUCGGCGGCGACCCUCAAAAACCACCAGCCAUCGCGCGAGGCGACGGCGUUCCUUGGGUCAGUGGCUCGCUCGUCGAUCGAAUUCCUGAACCCGUCCCGUCGAUUGAGGGGUGUCGAGUAGAAGAAAACGCCAAUUACAAGGGACAUCCGUUGAAUAGCGGCUCGGACUUGGUUGUCGAUAGCGAAACCGAAUGCUGCGCCGAGUGCAAAAAAAUGAAAAAGUGCAAUGCUUGGGUAUUCUGCGCGUCUAUCGAUGGCUGUGGCAACGAGUACUACGACUACAAGUUCGGCGAAUGCUGGCUGAAGAAGCUUUCGAAAGAAGAUGUGGAAACGAUUCCGGUGCCGGCUUGGGAACGCGGGGAAAACGUGACAUGGACAAGCGGCGUAGUCGGCGCUGAAGUCAUGAUGCCAUCACCACCACCAUCGCCUCCGAUCGUGCAACCUUCACCGUCUCCUCCUCCACCGGUGGAAGUUCCAUCACCAUCACCUCCCUCGCCGUCACCGCCGGUGGAAGUUCCAUCGCCAUCACCUCCGCCGCAACCGCCGGUGGAAGUUCCAUCGCCAUCACCUCCGCCGCAACCGCCGGUGGAAGUUCCAUCGCCAUCACCUCCGCCGCAACCGCCGGUGGAAGUUCCAUCGCCAUCACCUCCGCCGCAACCGCCGGUGGAAGUUCCAUCGCCAUCACCUCCGCCGCAACCGCCGGUGGAAGUUCCAUCGCCGCCACCUCCACCGCCGGUGGCGGUGCCAUCUCCAUCCCCUCCGAUUCUUCCUACUUGUCUCCGACUUCUUCAGGAUUUACAAGGUCGAUGUGGAUCAAUUUUUGGCAUCGAAAAUGACGAAGCUUUCGAUCCGUCAUGCUGCGACAUUGUUAGGGGAAUGAACGUCGAGCGUUGCUUUUGCGAUACAGCCAUCAUCGACGAACUCGGUGAUGCGAUUCGCACCGUUCAAAUCACUGCACCGACUCUCUGUGACUCUGGACUUGAGCUCGUUUCCGGCCUGUCUUGCUUUCCGAGUCCGCCUCCAAGUCCACCUCCGCCAUCGCCACCGCCGCCGAGUCCGCUUCCAUCGCCGCCGCCGCCGAGCCCGCCUUCUCCAUCGCCGCCGCCGCCGAGUCCUCUACCACCGAGCCCAUCACCACCACCCCCAUCGCCCCCAUCGCCGUCGCCGCCGAGUCCACCACCGCCGCCUCCAGUGCCGAGCCCCCCGCCACCAAGCCCCCCUCCACCAUCGCCGCCACCGUUGCCGCCUCCACCGCCACCGCCGAGUCCACCACCUCCAGUCGAUGAAUGCCCAACGCUACGUCUCGUCGGCGGACCAAAUGCAGUGCAAAAUGAAGUCUUGCUCAACUCGCUGUACGUUGACCCCGGGGCUGUUGCGACGGAUGAACUCGACGGUGACAUUUCAGACGCAAUCGAGGCAGACACAAGCGAAGUGGACACCAGUCGUGUCGGCACUUAUCGCGUGUAUUACCGAGUGCGUGACUCAGGUGGAUGCGAUGUCUCCGCAGAACGCCUUGUUCGUGUCAUAGCUCUCGUACCGACUUCGGAAUACUCGCAGCUCACAUCGUUGUGCGUGUCGAAUAUCCCACGUGUCGAAGAACUGUGCGUGGGAUUUGAAACUGCGACCAUCAGUGGUCCGAACCCUGCUUCGUUCCCGAGUUGUUGCGUUGCGCUGAGCGACUUGGAUGAAGCUGGAUGUUUCUGCGUUCCAGAGUUCAUUCAAAGUUUCGAAGGCAUCCGCCCGUCCGUAGGUGAACUUUCAGCAUUUACGCCUCUUGCGUGCGGUUUUAGAAUCAAAGUCGGUGACGUGUGCGAGGAUCAGCAGCUUUUGACGCAAUUCUUGAGCACUCCGACUGCGGUACCCGAGUUCGUCAUCCCCGACGAAAAGUGGGAGCGCAUUGUUGACGAUGGUGGCGCGUUGCGAGAUGACAUCUCCUGCGCCGAUACGAUUGACGUGACGCGGAAAUACUGCAGCGCGAUUCAGCAAAACGAUGUCGGAGUGAUACCACGCAUCUCUGAUUUUGCACCGUGCUGCGGCGCUGCAGCUCGAUUGCACAACGAAAGCUGUCUGUGCGAUGAUUUCACACUCAUCACCGACGAUAACGUCAUGUUCUUGCGAGAGAUUGUUGGGUUCACGCCGCUAGGAUGCGGGUUCAAUUUGACGGAAGCCUGCCCGGCGCUCUCCGAGGAAUUAGGGGUUCAAACCAUCGUCGUUGAACGGCCCGGAAAUGACACCGAUCCGACGAUUCCGAUCGGAACGGACACUCCACCCAUUACACGCCCGCUUGAAGGAUACGGUGUUGUCGUUGAAAACGGUCAAGUGAUUCCAAGCGACACGCCUGGACGCAGCGAGUGCGAUCCGGUCCGAGAACUGAAGAACUUUCUCGUCGUCGCCUCGCGGCCAAACUCGACCGAUUACGACGUUCUCGGCGCAAUCGGUUGUUGCGCGAAUAGCACAAUUCGUGUUCCUGAAGUCACGGUCGUGAUUGGCUAUCGACGUCGGGAAGGUAACAUGAAUGAAUUCGUUGAUGCUUUGAGCGUUCCAUCUGUGGAAUGCGCUGGACUCUCGCUCAUAUCCGCUCGCGGAGAAGUCCUAGAUGAUACGCUGUGCGAUCGCGCGACGAUUGAAGAAAGUAUCGCCGGUAUCAAAAUAACACUUGCAAACUUGACGAUUCCUCCGGAUGCCGCCAUCACGGGACGUGUUCAAGAUGGUAAACUGUUCACCGCAAAGCAUGAAUCAGAGGCGACACUCGACGCACUCGCGCCAACGAUUCGAGCGCUUCAAUGCGAUGUCGGAGGUAGUUGGACAGACGUAUUCGAGAGUCCUCCUAACGAUUCACGACGCAAAUUGCUACAGUUCUUUGGUGGCAUUCCCUUCUUUCCAGAUCAAGACCAGUUUGGCGACGCAAAUCGCACAGACAUCACACCAUCGAUCGCGCCGUUACGACCGCUCGCUGGCUUCAAUUUGACGCAAUACGCACGUCCAUCUUUUCGCGACGGUUUCGACGGCGAAACCUCAGAUGGAGGACGCCCCGUGGAUUGUCUCGAUGUCCUUCCACGCGUUCAAGCCUCGCUGUCGUGGUUUGGUGAACGCGUCGACGUCGGUGGCGACUUCCGAGUCGCGCCAUUCAACCGCUAUGAUUUCCGCGGCUCGAUUGGAGUAAACAACGACGGUGGUGCGAUUCGGUUGAUUGAUGUCAACAUCCCAAUCGUGCUGAGUUCGUGGGUAAAUGACAUCAACGGUACGUGGAGAGAAGUUCAAAAUCCUUUCGACGAGUACGCCAUUGAGUGUUUGAUGAUAACCGUCGUGAACGGCGAAUCUCGCACUCCGAGCCUCGAACCUUGUGCAGGGCUUCAAUUCCGCAUGGCAUCGUACGCACCCGACGGCGUCUUCAACGAGGCGAGUGGACGACCACUGCCGAAAGUUACUUUGCUCGAAGUCUCCCUGUCGAACGUCACGCUGUGUGCUGGAUGCAAACUCCAGGGCGACAAUGAGACCUUGUUUCGCGUUGUAUCGCUUUCGGGCGCGCGUUUUGAUUACGUUGGGCCAUCGGUUGGAAACCCCACUUGUCGAAGAGACAUACAAGGACAACUCGUUGAGCCAAUUGCGAUGCUUCCGACUUCACCUCCGAUGACGCCAACACCGGUAAACGGUCUCGUGUGCAACGGCGAAAAAGGAUUGAACCUCAAAGGCAUACUUCUUCGCGAUGGCUCAAAAUUCAUCGUCGAUACCGAAGAGGCGUGUUGCCAAGCAUGCUUUCGAACGCGCGACUGUGAUACGUGGGUUUACUGUACCGGCGAUUGCAAAGACUUUGCAUAUCACUCGUGUUGGUUGAAACGGGCGAUUGGCGGUGGAUACACCGCGGAGCGUGGACCUACGGAAAUUGCCGCAUGGGAUCGAGGUCCGGACGUUCCUUGGACGAGCGGAUGGUUUCCUACGCAAAGGUCUCCACCAUCGCCAUCACCACCACCAACGCCUUCACCAACGCCUUCACCAACGCCUUCGCCAACGCCUUCACCAACGCCUUCGCCAACGCCUUCGCCAACGCCUACGCCAACGCCUUCGCCAACGCCUACGCCAACGCCUACGCCUACGCCUCCGACAGAAUCAUCGCCCACGCCUCCAGCUCCGGAUUCCGCGACUUACUUCACUCUUCAGCCUGGUGUCCCUGUGCAGAUCCCAGCGUCGACGAUUACGGUAAUACCGGGCGCACAGUUGCCUCCUGGUGCACCGCCAUCCACACCGACUCCGGCGCCGAUUCCGGUCGAUGGACUUUCGAGAACGUGCUCACCCGACGACGCAACGAUUUGUCCGACGGAGUCCGCGCCAGAGCGUUUACGCGAGACGGACGCACGCUUGAGUCUCCAGCUCUUACGCGGCGAAGGUGGUUCUCAAGCUGUCGUUACAGGAACAGCGAUCAAUUUUGGACGCGUGAGCGAUCAAAUCUGCCUGAAUGGUGUCGCCGUGAUGCUUCCAUUUGAGAGAAUCGUCGUUGCUGCGAACGAAGCUCCGAUUGUCGCGCCUCCAGAAGACUUCAUCGUCGAUUGCAUCUUCGUCGGCGUGCGAUCUCGCGAUGGACCACCAUCAAGCGAUGACAAUGGCUGUGGCGUCUACGUCGAAGCUAAAGUUGUCGAGGCCGGCGUCGAGCUCACGUUCCGCGAUAUCUCUCUCUGUGCCGAGUGCUGGAUUGUCGGCGGUCCAUCGAGCGCCCUCUUCACCGUUCGUCACAUCGACGGUUUGGCGUUACAGCUCCCUGAGCAGAACGUCACCAUCGCUAACAUCUUCACCGAAGACGCCGCGUUCUGUGCAACGUCGUGA